UAGUAUGAUACUUUGGUCACGUGUGUCAAAAGAUAUAUGAAUCCAACUAUAGAUGGAGAUGAACUUUAUCAACGCAGCCACGCAAUGUAACGAACGUUCAAAUAAAAACGACGUCAAGUUGGCUUUGGAAAUGUGAACGAAGCCGUAAAUUGACAUUUACAAAGCCAACUUGACGUUUUAUUUGAGCGCUCGUUAUUAUUUUAAUAUGGGGAAGAUGUCACUGGGUCCGACGAUCCAGACUUAAAUACAGUUGGCUGUAAAAAAACGAUCAAAGACGGCUGCAGGUUUUUGAAAGCAUGUCUAUGAUCAUUUAAUUUUCGCUUCAAACAAACUUUCAAGAAGCUACUUGAUAGUGCGUUACUAUUAUUAGUAAUUUAUUACUAUUACAAACAGUCAAUUUUAAAGUGUGUCGAAUGUAAUACGUGUGUAGUAGUUGUGAUCAGUCCCAAAAGUGUGGUUAUGUUUUGAUAAACUUUUAAAAAAUGAACAACAACAGGGUCAUCGUGGACGAAACUUUCACAAUCGAUGUCGUUGAAGAUACAGAUUUCAAAUUCGUUUUGAAAACUAUGGAGAACCGUUCGCAGUGUACACAAAAUGCAGUUGGUAAUGUCGGUGUAAAAAUAGAGCUACAAGAAAAAAAUAAAAAUACAAAAAUAGUUCCUGCCAAUAAUACGGACCGCAUAAAAGACGAAGUUAAAGGAGGAGCAAUUGGGGACACCAUUGAAUUGGCUAAAUGUGAAGAUAACCAUUUUAUUACUGAGGAGACUAUUAAAGUCGAGGAACCUCAAGUAUGGUUUACCAAAAAUGUUGACUUGUCACAAAAGAGAGAAUUUAAGGACGAACCAUUAGAUGCAACAAAUUGUGAUAAACAAAACGUACAAAAGGACAACCCAUCAAAAAAUAUAAAAAGCAGUGACUGUGGUAGUGUCACUGGGCCUAAAGUACAAACAAAAAUAGAAAUGACGAGUACAAGCCAUGAAAAGACUGAAAGAGGACAAUCGGUUAUAGUUGAAAAUACAGGAAAUCUUGAGCAACAAGUGCCAACAAGUCCGUCUUUUUGGUGUACUGAUUCAAAGUCUGUGGACAAAAAAGAAGAAAUAGAAAUUUAUGAUUGUGAAGACUGGACGGAAAAAACUAGUGGAUAUUCUUAUGACGUUGUUAAAAAUGUUUACGUUAUAAAAGACGAAGAUGAAGAUACGAACGAAGAAUGUCCAUAUAACGAUAAUCGGAACAAACAAUUUAACACACUGGGAACAGUUGAUUUGAUUGAAGACCCCAUAGAUGUAGAAGAUGAAGAAAUUCCUCAGAACCAAGGUGCCAAAUUAGAAAUAAUUGAUUUAACGGAAGACCCCAUAGAAGCAGAAGAUAAGCAAACUCCCGAUUUAACCGCACCUACCUCAAACGCUGUAGAUACAGAGAACGUAAGUUCAUCUGCAGAAACAUCACCAUCCAAAGAAGAAGAUAACGCACCAAAUUCCAAAGUCCCUCAAAACCAGAACGCGAAAUUGUCGCUUUCUUCACCUCCCGUUGAAACUUCCUCAACUGCAUCUUCGUCGUCAGAAUUUCAAGAUCCAGUCGCUAUAGUUAACCCGAACAAGAAACGAGAAGUACGCAAUGCUUCAUCAAAAGAUGAAGAAACUAAGCAAUUGAGAAGAACUUCUUCAUCGUCGGAGUUUCAAGAUCCACCAGUUACGAAACCUAGCGUUCCGCGCAAGCCGCCUUCGCCAAAGAUAGCUGAAGAAAAGAAAAAAUCACUGGAAAGACGUUCUUCCUCUUCAGAGUUCCAAAAUCCGAAAAUCACUUCAAACCAGAAGAAAAAGCAAACUUCUGCUUCCACAAAGUCAACAACUUGUCGUCCAUCUGUUUCUUCGCUGGCGACUAAAAAGAAAGCUCCUGUGGUGACCAAGGAUAUUCUUUCUAAAAUAGAUGCGUUGAUCAUUUCUGUGAAGAACGAGCCGGCUUUGGAUACUGACAAAAGUGAAGAAAGUCGUGAAGUUGGUGCUUCGACUAACCCUUCAGACUCUAGGCAGAGUUCUGCUUCAUUUCCUCGGGAAAAUUUGAAAACUUCUUGUGUAUCUCUUCAGAUUGAAGCACAGCAGUCAAGCAGUGCCAAAAAAGAAGAAAUCCAGAAGAUACAUAGUAAAGCUAUCCCUAAGAGACGUAAUUCCGCAAGUACGGUUCAAAAUAAUCGUGUGAAUCUCUGCUUAGUUUCAAAUGCGGAUUCUAGGCAAGAUCGUUCGAAUGUCCGUGUAGAUAAGACUCGUAAGAAUGAAGCACCCGUAAAUAAAUCUAGGAAUGAAGAAAUUCAGAAGAUGCAUACUUCAUUUAACAAAAUUAAUACUGCAGACACAGUUCAGAUUAAUUCUCUGAAUCUUCAGUCAGUUCCAAAUAGGGAAAAUCCAAGCAUCUGUCCAACUUCUAGGCAAGAUUUUCGUUUAGAUCUUUGCCAAAAUACGUCAACAAGUUUAAACAGUUUCUCUAGAUCUAGAAACAACAGUGAAUCUCGUCAUAUCGAAAUACCGUCUUCAAGUAGUGCUAGAGAGGAAGAUAUUCAGAAGAUAGAAGGUUUACCUGACAUACAUAUUUCUGUUUUAACAUCGGGCCAAAAUUACGGUUACAGCAAUUUAAAUAGUUCUGCACCGUUUUCAAACAAAUCUAGAUCUAAAGAAAACCAGAAGAUAGAUCUCAAAAGUAGCACUAGCAAAUGUAAUUCGUCCAACGUGGCUCCUAAUAAUCCAUUGAACCCUCCUCAUUCAAGCUUAGAUAUUUAUCACUCAAAAUCUACUUCUAUUGAAGCACUCCCUUCAAGCAGCAUCAGAAGGAAUGGUGUUCAGAAGGUACAUACAAAUUCGCUAGAGCAUAGCUCUGUUUCAAAUGCGCAGAGUCAAAAUAGUGCUUCAUCUUCUAAACAAGAUUCUACUGAUCGUAAAAAAAACGUGAAAAAUUUGAUUAAGCGAAACCAUCAACCAAACAAAUGGGCAACAAUGGGCGCCACAUCUAAGAAGUUGAUUUCUGAUCAAGAAAUUCCGAAAGUACCCAAAAUGUCAACCUCUACUUUGGGGGAAAAUCGGCGAAAAUUAGCUAGGUUAUCUCAGAGGCUUGACAAUAGAAUGAGCUUUCAGUUCACAAAGACACAAUCUACAGAGAGUUUGUCUAAAAUUGCAAAUGUGGAUCGAAUUCCAGGCCUUCCAGUGAGUGUUCCUCAGACAGAAGUCACUCUUAGAAAUGUUUAUCAAAACACGAAUAAAAGUGUUCAUCUAGAAUCCGUAACUAGCAAUAAAGCAAAAAUACAGCAAAUACAUUGCCUAGAAGGAGAAGAGAAAAUAUAUCCUGAAAAAUCUCAGGUUUCUAGUCAUUACGUGCAAUCCUCUCUCUCUUCUACAUAUCACAUUAACGACGUACCAUCUAAGCAAUAUUGUUCUGAAUUUCAAAAACACAAUAGAGAUCUAGAAGUAGCUCAAAAUGUACCUGGCAGUUCAUCUUUUAGAAGAAAUUCCAGUUCUACACAUUCAGAAGUCAGUCCAUCUAUGCAGAGUCCACGUCAUCUAAAUCCAUAUAUCUCUCCACAAUCUUCAGAUUCUAGACAUUCUAAUCAACAUUGUCAAUCUUCAAGCAAGCUAGAUCUUUCAAGACUUCGAGUAAGUAGAAUCCCAAAUUCCUGUUCAAGUGUAUCAGAGAAUGGAUACGUAGAAGGAAAUUCUGAUUCUGAACGUCAGUUCCAGGCUUCGGUUAUGUACGAAAUAAACAAUUUUUUGUCUAGAACACAUAGAGUAGAAAACAUAGAAGCACCUCAGUCAAAUUUUCAGAAUACUCCAGAAGGAGUAAGACACCCAGAAACACACCAUUUGUACGACGAAGACGACCUUCUUCGAGAUAUGCGUAUUCAGUUAUCACAGAUAAACCCAUCUAGACAAAACUACCAUGGUAGGGAUCCAAGACUAAAACAACAAAACACAUUUUUUGGGUGUGACGGUAAACUUCGACUUAUACAACAGUGCUUAUGGCACAUGAUUACUCGGAACUUGAGUGAACCGAAAGAUCAGAGAGAUUCUAGACAUCUAGAAGCACAUCUUGAUAGAUCUGUCUGUGUAGACGAGAAACUUCGAGCCAUGGAGCAACAAUUGUGGGAAAUAAUUAUUGUUAGAAACCUAGAAGUACCCCAAGAUAACAUUUACGAUCAGGCCAGAUUUCUAGAACGCACUCUAGUUCUAUACAUGCAAUACAGGGAAGUAAAGAAUCUCCAGAAUACAAACACUUCGGACGUAUCUUCAUCUAGGAAAGACUGUCACAAAGUUCCUCAGAGAAUUGAGACUGUAACGAGCAAACUACAACAACCAAGCACCAGUCGGAAAAUAGAAACAGAAUCACAUAGAAUUCAGAAUCUAAAAAGACCGACGAACCCUUCCGAAGAGAACUCGUCUCCGGAUAAAAAAUUGCGGGUUGAGCAACCCCAGGAUUUAAGUAUGUCGUGGUUAAACGCCGUACAUUCAGCAACCCCACAAUUAACGACGGAAAGCUUCAACGACACGUUUAAAACAAUUCAUGAGUUUAUGAUAGGAGUGAUGAAUCCUAAAGUUACGAAUUCGGCUUCUUUGGCAGUUCGGUUGGGGCAAUUUUUUGGGCCCCAGAUACUCAAGAAGUUGAAGGAAGACAAAAGGAAGAACAAGAAAAAUAGUAAGUGGAGCAGAGAGCAGUAAGAAUCAUCCUGUAUAGUUGUUAAUAUUUGUACUGCAAAUAUUUUUAAUACUCGCCAGAUUUUUUAGGGAUUUUUUGUACGACACGUUGGUACUACAAGUUUUUUUUUAUUUAACAAA